AUGGUGUAUGUCGUGACGCGCCACGGCGCACGAAACGUGCUGCCCAAAGAUGCAGAGCUGCAGGAGAACGAUUCGACAGGCGGCCCCAGCCUGCUGCCGCAAGGCAUCACCGCCAGCCGGGCCGCAGGCGAGGCCUUCCGCGUGCGCUACCUGGCGCACCCCGCUUGCAACCGCUCCCUCACCUGCCUAGCCUCCGAGGGGCGAGAGGGCUACGGCAUUGUCAACGCAAAGGGCGUCGGGUUCAGCAAUUUCAACACGCUCGCGCGGUCGAGCGCACUGGACCGCACCCUGAGGUCGGCCACCGCGUUCCUGAGCGGCGUGUUUCCCCUGCAAGCCGUGCCGCGGGCGCCGCUGGGCAUGAGCCCCCAGGUGGACGUCGUCCUUGCGCAGACCCCGCCCAUCUACACGGUCCCGGACGCGAACGACUGGCUCAUCCGCGCCUACACCAAGUGCGAGGCCUACCAGCGCCGCCUGGCAGCCUGGUAUAAGUCGCAGGAGUUUGCUGCUAAGGAGGAGGCCACCAGGGGUGUGCGCGAGGGCCUUGCUCAGCUGGAGCCACAGCUCAAUGUGUCGCUGGUCAACUGGUGGAAUGUGUACGAUGCCUUCAACGUGUGGCGCAACUACGGCACGGGGGACAUCAUGCCGGCCAUCUCCGACGCGCAGUUCAAGCAGGUGGCAUCCAUAGCGGACUGGCUGGAAACCGCCAAGAUGCGGUCCAACCUGACAGGCAACAGCCUGGGAGGCCCCCUUCUGGGGGACCUCAUUGGCCGGCUGCAGGCAGCUGCACAGCACCUGCUCAAAGGAGAGAAGACCCGCCUCGGCCGGCUUCUUCUGGUGUCGGCGCACUACAACACGCAGCUCGCCCUCCUGUCAGCCAUGGCCCUCGACACCGCCCUCACGCCCGCACAGCUCCCGUGGCUGGCCACGCUGCCGGCCACGUCGUCCGCCCUCGCGUUCGAGCUCCACUUUGACCCCUCCAGCCGCCGCUUGGCCGUGAGGAUGCUCUACCAGGACGGCCCCGGCCAGGGCUACAUGCCCGUCCCGCUGCCGCAGUGCGCGUCGCCCGGCGGCGUGCGGCCCAACGGCGACGUGGACGCGGCGGAGGCGCUGGCGGGCCCUGGCGCGUGCGAACUGUCCGCGUUUGUGCGCGCGUACGGCGGCGCGGCGAUCGACGACGCAGGCACUUGGUGCACGGUGUGUGAAAACGCCCAAAUGGAGGCCUGCGUCGCUGCCAGGGCCAGGGGCCGCGGCGGCGUCUUUGCCGCGAGUGGUUUUGCAAACGACAACGGCAGCGGUGGCGUCAGCAGCGACAGCGGCGGCGGCAACGGCGGCGGAGGCAGUGGUGAGAAGGUCAAGGUGGCGAUGGCUGUGGUGACAAGUGCGCUGGGCGCCGGUGCUCUCGCGGCGGGCGCAGUCUUGUGGCAUGUGCGCCGCCGGGAGGCAAAGUGGGAGCGCGAGGCUGCAGAGAAAGCACGUGCAGUCCAACUGCACGGCAGCUCGGUGCCGCUGUGA